AUGAAGCCCGCCGCAGAGAGCGAUAACAUUGUAGAUACACAAGGAGCUUCUUCACCAGAGGAAACCUCUGUCAGUGGAGAAAUAAUCAUACAUGAGGAAUUGGCUCUUGCAGAUUUAGAGGAUGCUGUUGCUAAGAAAUUACUAACCAGAAGCAGUACUAGUUCCGCUGAUGACCCAAAGAAAGAAAGCUGCCCUUUGGGUACUACUAAUGAUGAUGGGAAUGAAUCAUCUUCUGGAUAUGCAGGCGAUGGAGGCGCCACACAGGGCCCUCCUCCAGAUCGUGGAAUCAUGCCACUGCCAGAAAUGCAACGAAAUAUGGUCGCAACAGAGGAAUUGACACCGGGUGCAUACCUGUUUGAAGGCGGAGAAUUCAGGACAGCAGCGGAAGCAAAUGCUAAUGGCUCGGAUGACUUUGAUUGGGAGGGAUACCAUAACCAGCAACGAACUAGCCAGCAACAGACUCGUGUCCCUGAACAAACAGGAACUAGCAGGCCUGUUCUGGCUGUUGCCAACACUGUGGAAGAAGUGGACCCACUCAGUCUUCCUCAGGCCAUGCCAUCAGAAGCAAACAGAGACAAUAUUACACAAGGCCAAAAGGAUAAUGGUUGGGUUGCUAUUUGCGCUUGUGCUGGGCUUGCUUUAAUGGGACUUUUUGUGCUUUUGAUUGUAUUCCUUGUUUCAGGCACCGAGCAAUCAGCAACAACCAACUACCCAGUAGCAGCUUCAUCCAUGGCCCCGACCUCACCAAUCUCACUGGAAUCAUAUCUUUCAUCUGUGUUGCCAGAUCACACUAUCAAAUCCAUGGAAGACAAAGACUCACCACAAUACCAGGCAUUUGAAUGGCUUCUUGAAGAUCCCUAUGUCUAUGGAUAUACUGAGAAACGGAUUCUUCAGAGACAUGCUCUAAUGAGUUUCUUCUAUGCCACUGCUGGUCCCACUCAGUGGACCAACAAGACAGGUUGGGGAAGCUACAGCCUACAUGAAUGUGACUGGUACCAAAGUCAAGAAUAUGCUUCAAAGACAAUCAUGCAGAAUUAUUACCCUGGUUACCUGCAAGGCUUUCUGGAGCCUCUACCUGACAGUAGAUGUGAUAAUCAGGGAAUCUACAGGCAUCUUUGGUUGGAUCAGAACAAUCUCAUGGGUUCUAUUGUUGAAGAACUUUUUAGCUUGACCUCCCUCAAAUCAUUAUCGGCUGGCCUCAAUCCAAUAUAUGGCACAAUAUCCAGCUACAUUGGGCAGCUGAGUGACUUGGAGGGGCUUGCCAUUGGUCCUGCAGGGCUGUCUGGAUCGCUGCCAAGUGAAAUUGGUUAUUUGUCAUCAUUGAAGGUCAAUGUCUUGUAUGACAACCAGCUGGAAGGUACAGUCCCAGAAGGGAUCUGGCACCAUCCCAACCUGGAAUUCCUUGUGCUUGGCCGCAACAACAAGCUCCAAGGUUCCAUUUCUUCGAAGGUGGGGACAUUGCCAAAGCUGAGGUGGUUAGUGUUUGAAGACUGUGAUCUUUCUGGGUCCCUUCCCACAGAACUGGGGCAAGCCACAUCCUUGGAAUGGGUGAUCUUGUUGUCCAAUAACCUUUCUGGCACUCUCCCCACUGAGCUUGGAUCCCUCUCCAAUCUUUUGCUCCUUGCCUUGUAUGGUAAUCCAAUCGAGGGGGCUCUUCCUACAGAGCUUGGCCUUCUCUCUUUACUUUUCAGUUUGGAUCUGAGGUUGAGUUCAUACUCAGGAACUAUUCCAUCUGAGCUUGGUUUGCUUCCACUUCUGCAAACUCUAUCACUGGAUACCAACAGGUUAACUGGCACCAUUCCCAGUGAACUUGCCAACCUUUCAGAGUUGUACAUGCUUCCCCUUGGAGAUAAUAACUUCACUGGUUUCAUCCCAUCUGAAUUUGGGUUGAUGCCAUCACUGGAAAUGUUCUCUGUGGCAAACAAUUCUCUCAGUGGGACUAUACCACAGGACUUGGCACCCCUGCAGAAUUCGCUUUACAGUUUCCAUGUUCAAGGGAACUCACUGCUUUCUGGUGUAAUGCCUGAGUUGCUUUGUUCCGUCAACAAAACUUGUGUGUUUGAUUGGUUCGAAGAAUGUGCGGGGCCGUAUGGCCUAAUCUUUGACUGCACUGAGAUUCUGUGUGGUUGUGACUGCCCUUGCUGA